GCUCCAGCUGACCGGGUCGCCAUCUUUGCUGCGAACAUAAACACCAGCGGGGGAGCCGUGCUGGCGUCCGGGGGACCGCGACGCCGCGAGGGGAAGGGAGGGACGACCGUCUCGCCGCUGCAGUCGUCCUCUUUUUCGAGCCGAAGAUGUCGGUGGAGCUGGUGACGGGGGCCGCUGAGAUGGGGCUCCUGUGCGGAUAAGGGGCUCGGUGGGGGGGGGGCAGCAGGGGCCUCGCUGCCCGCCGGCCCUGCAGACAUGGACCAGGAGUACGAGAGACGGCUGCUGAGGCAGAUCAACCACCAGAACCUGCCCACGGAGGCCCGGCCCGGCAAGGGCGUGAGGCCGCUCUGCAGUCCCGUCAGCGUCAAGUCCGGGGAUCGCUUCAUUCCCACCCGCGCCGGCAGCAACUGGAGCAUCAACUUCCACUACGCCAAUGAGAACUGCCGCUCUCCCACUCACAACCACAAAGCGAAGGAUGCCAGUUCGGAUUCAAGCAAAGAUGCCGUUGCUUAUGCUGCCCUGCUGAGGAACGAGUUGCUGGGGGCAGGAAUAGACGCGGUGCCAGACCCCCACACUGAUGACCGGCGGCACGCAGCCCUGGCUCCAGACUCUCACAGCCUUUUUAGGUAUGCUGUCCACACAAAGAGAGUGCCUUCUGAUAGCGACAAUGAAGUCUCACCAUACUCCCUUUCUCCACUUAGCAACAAGAGUCACAAGCUGCUUCGCUCUCCUCGAAAACCAGCACGGAAGAUCUCCAAGAUCCCCUUCAAGGUGCUGGAUGCUCCGGAGCUGCAGGAUGACUUCUACCUCAACCUGGUGGACUGGUCGGCGGGUAACCUGCUGAGCGUGGGCCUGGGGGCCUGCGUGUACCUGUGGAGUGCCUGCACCAGCCAGGUGACAAGGUUGUGUGAUCUUUCAGUGGAUGGAGACUCGGUGACAUCAGUCUGCUGGAAUGAGAGGGGCAGUCUGGUCGCUGUCGGGACCCACAAGGGCUACGUUCAGAUCUGGGAUGCAGCGGGAGGGAGGAAGCUGACCAGUCUGGAGGGCCACUCGGCCCGGGUCGGUGCUCUGGCGUGGAACGGGGAGCAGUUGUCGUCUGGGAGUCGGGACAGAGUGAUCCUGCAGCGGGACAUCAGGACGCCGCCGUCGGCUGAGCGGAGGCUGCAGGGUCACAGGCAGGAAGUGUGCGGCCUCAAAUGGUCACCUGACCACCAGCACCUCGCCUCCGGGGGCAACGACAACAAGCUGCUGGUGUGGAACAGCUCCAGCCUGCUGCCCGUGCAGCAGUACAGCGACCACCUGGCUGCAGUGAAGGCCAUCGCCUGGUCCCCGCACCAGCACGGGCUGCUGGCGUCGGGGGGGGGCACCGCCGACCGCUGCCUGCGCUUCUGGAACACGCUGACGGGUCAAGCGCUGCAGAGCACAGACACCGGCUCCCAAGUGUGCAACCUGGCCUGGUCCAAACACGCCAACGAGCUGGUGAGCACCCACGGCUACUCUCAGAACCAGAUCCUGGUGUGGAAGUAUCCAUCCCUCACCCAGGUGGCCAAGCUGACGGGACACUCCUACCGAGUCUUGUAUCUGGCCGUGUCCCCGGACGGAGAAGCCAUCGUAACGGGAGCCGGGGACGAGACACUACGUUUCUGGAACGUCUUCAGCAAGACGCGCUGCACCAAGGAAUCAAAGUCGGUGCUGAACCUCUUCACGAGGAUCCGAUAACAGCCGGGGUCAGGACGGCUUCAGCAAGAGCCUGACAGACUCUCAGACUUUCCUGCACACCCCGGUGGGCCGAGCACCAGCCUCCACUCCCACAGUAUUUCUUAAAACCUUUUUCAUCGGAGGAUUGCAGUCCAAACUGCCCCGGACAACUGCCAUCCUUCACAGCACUGGCACCCAUUUCAGAGAAACAAAACACAUUAUCUGCUUCAAAAACUUGUCUUGUUCUUCUUUCUGUUGUGCAGGUGAUUCAGUUGUUUUAUUAUAUAUUAGCAGAAGUGCAUAUGUACAAGAGUUCUAAGCUAUAAUUAUGUAAAGAUGGAACAUUUUUAAAAAGGCGCUCCUUUGUAACAGAGAGAAGACAAAGCCAGAUUUGAGAAGGGGCGGUUUCUAUAUUUUGAUAAUGUGUUAACAGAAACGGCAUGAUGCAACAGAAAGGAAAAAUAAACCCAACACAGUUGAUUGCGCAUCUGCAAGAAAAGGUGUUUUAUUGGUGUUCUGUUAGUUGAUGUAUAUUCAUGGCGCUGAUUGAAAAGGGACAGGCGCUUGAUUAAAAACCUGCUGGAUGGACACCCAGAUAUCCUAAAAACGGUC